AUGUCGACCGCAGCCAGCACCCCGCAGCCGCAGCCGCAGUCACAGCCGGUGAAGCUAUCGCUGCCUCUGGUGUACCAGCAGAAGCUGUUUGAAGAGCUGCGCAAAGAGGACGAGCUCGUGUUGCUGGCGCGCGGGCUGGGCCUAAUGCGCCUCGUCACCAACCUCCUGCACUCGUACGACGCGGCCGGCAACAACCUGAUCGUUGUCGUCAGUGCCGAGGACCGCGAGAACGCGUGGAUAGGCGAGGCCCUCGCCGAGCAUGCCGCCAUCAGCAUGUCGCCCAAGGCCCGCGGCCUGACCGUCGUCAACACCGACUUCACCACCGUCGGCCAGCGCGAGAAGAUGUACGCCGCUGGCGGCAUCUUCAGCAUCACCUCGCGCAUCCUCGUCGUCGACCUCCUGACCAACCUCCUGAAUGUCGAGUCCAUCACCGGCCUGCUCGUGCUGCACGCCGACCGCAUCGUCGCCACCUCGCUCGAGGCCUUCAUCCUCAGAAUCUACCGUCAGAAGAACAAGGUCGGCUUCCUCAAGGCCUUCUCGGACAACCCGGACCCCUUCACCACUGGCUUCGCGCCUCUCGCCACCAUGAUGCGCAACAUGUUCCUCCGCAAGGCCUCGCUCUGGCCCCGCUUCCACAUGCACGUCGCCCAGUCGCUCGAGGGCAAGAAGAAUGCCGAGGUCAUCGAGCUCGAGGUCCCCAUGACCAACGCCAUGAAGGAGAUCCAGACCGCCAUCAUGGAGUGCGUCGAAGUCAGCAUCCACGAGCUCAAAAAGGGCAACACCGGCCUCGAGAUGGACGACUGGAACCUCGACAGCGCUCUCCUCAAGAACUUUGACGUGCUGGUCCGGAGGCAGCUCGACCCCAACUGGCACAGAGUGAGCUGGAAGACCAAGCAGAUCGUGAACGACCUGACCGUCCUCAGGACCAUGCUGCAGUCCAUCGUGUCUCUCGAUGCCGUUUCCUUCCUGCAGCAGCUCGACACCAUCCACGCAGCGCACUCGCCCCCUCCCGGCUCCACGAGGCAGACCCAGUCGCCCUGGCUGUUUCUAGACGCGGCUCAGACCAUAUUCGACACGGCCAAGAGGCGAGUCUAUUCCGGCAAGCAAAAGGUAGAUGCCAACUCUAACAUCGACUCGCUGCGGCCUGUGCUGGAGGAGCAGCCGAAAUGGGCUAUUGUUGCCGACGUCCUGGAAGAGAUCGACCGGGAUCUGCAUUUCGAGCCCGUGGCCCGCGACGACUCUAACGGGACAAUAUUGAUCAUUUGUUCGGGCACCAACACAUGUCGGCAACUCCGUGACUACCUCCAGACUAUGCACGUCAGGCCCAAGACGGAGAAACGGGUAGAAGAAUUCCACGACCCAGAAGAGGACGAGCCCUCGGCAGCCUUUAUGAUGAGGAGAAAACUCCGCAACUACCUCAAGUGGAAGCGCGAGUUCGCCCAUGUCAGCGCCACCCUAUUCGAGGAAAACCAAAAGGCACUCAGCGGCGCAGUUGAUCCUCGGCUCGCCCAGGCGAAGAGCAGAGCUCCAGCAAACAAGAGACGACGAGUCCGCGGCGGCGGAAAUGCUGGGUCAGGAGCAGGUUCUGGUCGCCUCGAUAACGGAAGCAUACGGCAGUACUUUGAGAAGCCCGGCGAAGUGGCCGAUUUGAUGGCCGAAAUCCAAAUCACCGAGGAAGAGGCCAAGCAGAAUGCAGACGUAAUAUCAGACCCCCUCGAGGAUAUGGAUGACUACUACCAGAUGUACGAGAUGCAGGAUCUCGUUGUCAUCCACGCCUACGACGGCGACCAAGACGAGCACGUCCUCGAGGAGGUGAAGCCAAAGUACAUCAUCAUGUACGAGCCAGACGCCUCGUUCAUCAGGCGGGUAGAAGUCUAUCGCUCGUCGCACAAUGACAGGAGCGUCAAGGUCUACUUCCUGUACUAUGGGGGCUCGGUCGAGGAGCAGCGCUACCUUUCUGGGGUUCGGCGGGAGAAGGACGCCUUUACGCGGCUCAUCAAGGAGCGGGCCAGCAUGUCUAUCGUCAUGACGGUGGAUGCGCACGGCAUCCAAGACCCGCAGGAAGCCUUUCUCCGCACCGUCAACACACGCAUCGCCGGCGGCGGGCGGCUGGCUGCGACGGCUCAGCCGCCCCGCGUCGUCGUCGACGUCCGAGAAUUCCGCUCCUCGCUCCCGUCUCUCCUGCACGGCCGCUCUAUGAUCAUCGUGCCGUGCAUGCUGACCGUUGGCGACUACAUCCUGACCCCGGACAUCUGCGUCGAGCGCAAGAGCAUCAGCGACCUGAUCAGCUCGUUCAAGGACGGGCGGCUGUACAGCCAGGCUGAGACCAUGUUCCUGUACUACAAGAACCCGAUGCUGCUGAUCGAGUUCGACCAGAACAAGAGCUUCACGCUCGAGCCGUUCGCCGACCUGUCGGGCAGCCUUGCUAGCGUCAGCGCUGCCAACGCCGGCGCCAACGACCUGCAGAGCAAGAUCGUGCUGCUGACCCUGGCAUUCCCCAAGCUGCGCAUCAUCUGGUCGUCGUCGCCCUACGAGACGGCCGAGAUCUUCGAGCGCCUCAAGACGCAGGCCGACGAGCCCGACCCCGUCGCCGCCGUCCGCGCCGGCCUCGACAAGGACGCCAUGGCCGAGGAGCAGACCUUCAACACGGAGCCGCAGGAGAUGAUGGCUGCCGUGCCCGGCAUCACGCUCAAAAACAUUACCAACCUGACGCUCGAGACAGAGAACAUCAAGGAGGUGGCUAACAUGGCGCCCGAAGAGCUCGAGCCGUUUGUUGGCAAGGAAGCGGCAAGGAAGAUCCACGGCUUCUUCACCAAGGAUCUACUUGAAGACGAGUAA